AUGGAACUUUUGGCACAAAUUAUGAGCAUGAGGAUUGGGAAUUCUUGGAGCAAAUGGCAAUCACCUCAAAAAGAAAGGCGCAAGCAUCAAGGAGAGCACGACCGGCCGUUACUCGAACACAAGUACAUGCGGUUGAUGACGGUCAUGCGGCGGAAAAUUGUCAAGGAAUGGUUGAAGGGCAAUUUGAAGAAGUUCAUGCCGUUCAAGGUACCCGCUUACGCCAAAUUUCUAAAGGAAUUGUGUACUCAAAAGAGGCAACAAAAAGUGCCUAAACUGGUAGAUUUGACGGAGCGGGUUCACACAUGUGAGUUAGAGGUUGAAGAAAAAGAACAAGAAGCUCUUGCGGUGAAGGAAGGAAGUCCACCAUGGACUUACCAAACGGAUACAUUACCGGUGGAAAUCAAUUCGGGCACCAAGCCUUCUUUGGAAAGUCCACCAAGUGUGGAGUUGAAGGAGCUACCAAAGCACCUAAAGUAUGCAUUUUUGGGGGAGAAUGAUACCUUACCGGUAAUCAUUGCUUCCAACUUGGAGGUAGCUCAGGAGGAAGAAUUGAUGCGGGUGUUGAAGGCUCAUAAGGCGGCGAUUGGGUGGACGAUAGCCGAUUUAAAGGGCAUUAGUCCAUCCAUUGUGAUGCACAAGAUUAUUACAAGUGAGGAUGCAAAGCCGACCCGUGAAACACAAAGAAGAUUAAAUCCAAAUUUGAGAGAGGUGGUGAAGAAAGAAGUUAUCAAGUGGUUGGAUGCGGGGAUCAUUUAUCCCAUUUCGGAUAGUGCAUGGGAACAAUUGGUGAGGGCUCCCAUUUUGCAACCACCGGAUUGGUCAAAGCCGUUCGAGAUUAUGUGUGAUGCCAGUGACACAACUAUUGGAGCGGUUUUGGGGCAAAGGAAUUUCAAUUUCGGAAAGUUGCUCAAGAGAUACAAUGUGAACCAUCGCAUUGCCACACCGUACCAUCCGCAAACGAGUGGGCAAGUGGAAGUAUCUAACCGGCAAAUUAAAGAGAUUUUAAUGAAGACGGUGAGGACGGAUCGGAAGGAUUGGUCAAGCAAGCUUGAUGAUGCGUUGUGGGCCUAUCGAACGGCUUACAAAACGCCACUUGAUACCACUCCUUAUCGGAUGGUUUAUGGGAAAGGAUGCCAUUUGCCCAUGGAGUUGGCACACCGGGCGUAUUGGGCAAUUAAAACGGUAAACGCAAACUACGAUGAAGCGGGUCGGGUGAGGAAGCUUCAAUUAAAUGAAAUAGAGGAAAUAAGGGAUCAAGCCUAUGAAUGUGCAUCCGCGUACAAAGACAAACUUAAAAAAGUUCAUGAUGCGAAGAUCAAGAAAAAGAACUUUGAAGUGGGUCAGAAGGUGUGGUUGUAUAAUUCAAGGUUGAAAUUGUUUGCGGGGAAACUAAAAAGCAAGUGGAUGGGUCCUUACGUUGUCCGAAGAGUGGGAAGGUUCGGAGAUGUUGAUAUUCAAGACGAACGAACAAACAAGCAACAAACGGUUAACGGGCAUCGCCUCAAACCGUACUUGGAAGGGAAUGAUAUCAACAAUCUUGAGCUAGAUAAAGUGGGCUACAUUUUACGCCCAGUGGAUGAUGAGGAAACGUGA